GGACCCCAGAGGAAAUUGGUAAGUGGAAGAAAAGUUUGGCAUAAGUAGUGACAUGAUGUCUUCACUAUUGCUUUGAGUAAAACUCGCCAACACAUCAUGAGGUACUAACUAACAUGUGAACUUAACUGAGGGUAAAAUAUAUCUCUUGGUGCAAUUUCCUCAACAGACUAUUGAAGAAUGUUUAUUCCAAGAUCAUUGAAAAUCAAGAGGAAUUCUAAUGAUGACCUCAAAGGCUGUGUAGGUAAGAAAAGUAAACCGGAAGCGGAAGACCUUCAGCUGGACAGCGCCGGAGCCUUUCCAGUUCAUGCUUCGGCUACCAAAGAAGCUGUGGACAGGCCCGGCAGUGCCUCAAGCCCCUCACCCAGGCCCUCUGGCCAGUUGGCCGAGGCUUGUCUGGCAGGACCUGAACAGGGUGCGAAGGACAGCGAUCAUUCCGAAGAGCCUGUGAAGUCAUUCUCCAAAAGCCAGCGCUGGCCGGAGCCUGGGGAGCCGGUGUGCGUUGUCUGUGGUCGCUAUGGCGAGUACAUCUGCGAUAAGACUGAUGAGGAUGUGUGCAGCUUGGAGUGCAAAGCGAAACAUCUGCUGCAGGUUAAGGGAGACGAGCAGUCGCUGAAGGCCAGCAGCCCGCAGAGAGCCGCUUCCGAGCCCGAGUCCCCACUGGGUGCCUUUUAUGUCUAUAGAGAGCACCCAUUUAUUGGGACCCUGAGAGAGGACCAGAUUGAAACACUCAAACAGCAGCUGGGAAUCUCGGUUCAAGGACAAGAAGUUGCCAGACCUAUUAUUGACUUUGAGCACUGUGGCUUCCCUGAGACUUUAAAUCAGAACUUGAAGAAGUCAGGCUACGAGGUGCCAACUCCCAUCCAGAUGCAGAUGAUCCCUGUGGGGCUUCUGGGAAGAGACAUUCUAGCCAGCGCAGACACCGGCUCAGGAAAGACAGCUGCUUUCCUCCUUCCCGUUAUCAUCCGAGCUUUAUUCGAGGACAAAACUCCAUCGGCGCUCAUUCUUACACCAACGAGAGAACUGGCCAUCCAGAUAGAGAGGCAAGCCAAGGAACUGAUGAGUGGUCUGCCACGCAUGAAGACAGUGCUUCUCGUGGGGGGCUUGCCUUUACCCCCACAGCUCCAUCGCUUACGCCAGCAGGUGAAGGUUAUCAUAGCAACCCCUGGACGACUUCUGGAUAUAAUAAAACAGAACUCCGUAUCGCUUUGUACCAUAAAAAUUGUGGUGGUGGACGAAGCCGACACCAUGUUAAAGAUGGGCUUUCAACAGCAAGUGCUUGACGUUUUGGACAACACUCCUGCUGACUGUCAGACCAUCUUGGUUUCUGCCACGGUCCCAGGCAGCAUAGAGCAGCUUGCGGAGCAGCUUCUGCACAACCCUGUGAGGAUCAUCACCGGGGACAAGAACCUGCCUUGCCCCAGCGUGCGGCAGAUCAUCCUAUGGGUGGAAGACCCAGGCAAAAAGAAGAAGCUAUUUGAAAUCUUAAAUGAUAAGAAGCUCUUUAAGCCUCCAGUGUUGGUAUUUGUGGACUGCAAACUAGGUGCAGAUCUGUUGAGCGAAGCAGUUCAGAAAAUCACAGGUCUAAACAGCACCUCCAUGCACUCAGAGAAGUCUCAGAUGGAAAGAAGAGACAUACUGAAGGGAUUGCUGGAAGGAGACUAUGAGGUGGUGGUGAGCACGGGGGUCCUGGGCCGAGGACUGGACUUGGUCAACGUCAAGCUGGUUGUGAAUUUUGAUAUGCCUUCAAGCAUGGAUGAGUAUGUUCAUCAGGUAGGCAGGGUGGGGAGACUCGGGCAAGAUGGAACCGCGAUUACUUUCAUCAAUAACAACUCUAAACGACUCUUCUGGGAUGUUGCCAAAAGAGUGAAGCCCACGGGAUCCAUUCUCCCCCCACAACUGCUCAAUUCCCCUUACCUUCAUGAGCAAAAGAGAAAGGAGCAACAGAAAGACAAACGGACACAGAGCAACCUGGUCACAGGGGCUAACCUCAUGGACAUUAUCAGGAAACAUGAAAGGAGCAAUUCACAAAAAUGAUCUGGCAGUUCCCAGAGCUAUUGCUGGCAGGGCAGGACCCUCCCCAGCACUGCCCCUGCCCUGCCCAGCAGCACCAGAAACACAGUGAGGCUUGAGUCCCCGUUGGCUGGUUAGGAAGGAAGUGAACGAUCGCAACGUGACACUCCGAAGUGCCUGGAAGAGAAGGACAGGUGUCCAGUUUUGUUCCCCUUUGGCUUGGUUAGCAACUUUUAAAGCUUCUUCCCCAAAUGGUUCUACCAACAGGAGAUCAAGCAGUCGAAUGUAGGAACCUCUGGGGCCAUUGACUCUCUUUUCAUUAAAAACCAGUAGCAUUUGUUGGGGAGAUUUAGGAGCAGUCAUACAGACGUUGAGGUGGAACUUUUGAGAUAGAACAUCUUCCCUGAGCUGUCACCAACGAGUGCCGGAUCCAGUGUGCAUCCCUUGGACACUGUGUCUGUGUGCAUAUGUCUAUACGCGUAACUUCAGGGGAGCCUGGGAAGCCAAGGAUUCAGUGUCCCAAGUGCUACCUACAGCAGGGAUGCUGCAAGAGUGAGCUAAGUGCUGAUAAUUUCUGGGCAGCAGGACAGCUGAGUCAUGUUUGCUUGUUUGUUUUAAACUAGAUUCAAAGUUGUUUUAAGGAAAAUUGGGGUAGCCAAAAAAGUAAGAUGACUUUCUGAAUCACCCCUUCUGGGAGAGUCAGGUGUAGUAAGUAGCUCAUUCAUGCCUGUAAUCCCAGGAAUUAGCAGUCUGAGGCAGGAGGAUCCCUGCCAGUUUAAGGCCAGCUUGGCCUACAAAGUGAAACCAUUUUUUAAAAAUCAAACAAAGCAACAGCAAAUGAACAAACAAUACCACAAGUAGUAAGGUGACUUCACUGGUGAUUUAAACUCAGUUGCUUCUGUCCCACUGCUGUGUUCCAGGGGCUUUUCAGCUGAUUGUUGGUCUCCUUAGGACCCCGCUGGAAGCUUAAUACUUCAUUGUGUUGAGUGAAGUAUUAAGGUGAGAGGUGAGAGGUGCAGUGGAGGAGGAAAAGAGCUCACAUCCCACAUGAGGACUGAAUUCAGUGCCUGAGUCCCUGGGGGGGGAGCCCACUGUUGGUGCAUCCCCUGUCCUGAGUCCCUGGGGGAGGGGGGGCACUGUUGGUGCAGUUUCCCUGCUGGUCCUUCUCACAGUGAGACCUUGAAGCUCUUCCUGCUCCAAAUCUCAGAUCUUGGCUUCUGCUUCCCAUUUUUUCAUAGCUUCCUCUCCUUUUUUACUCAUUGUCUUUAGGCGUGGCAGUGCUAUGGUUCUUCUUAUAUAGACCAGAACAUGAAACUUUACAAAGGAAGCUGGUCAGAGCGUUGCUAGUAUUUGUUUAGUUAAGUUGUUCUGUGACAGUUUCACGCAUACACACACGCAGUGCUUUCUGGGUACUCUCACCCUCACCCCCUCCCCACCGGUCUCCUUCCCACAGUCUCAACUUUAGUUUUGUUUGUGGCCCGCUGAGUUUACCCAGGCCAUCUGUGGGGUCGUGGGUUGGAAACUACCCGCCGGAGCUUGGUGAGCUCAGCAUUGGGACACAGCUCAAGACGAUGCCCCCCCCUCCAGAAUCCAUCAGUAGCCAGGGCAGGGUAGGGCAGGUAUUUUUAGUUACCCUCUACUGUCAUUACUCCAUGCAAGAAAGAACAUGCCAAGCAAAACAAGAAGGAAGAGUGCGCGUACAGGGACGGAUCGUGCUCAGAAAUGGCAAGAAGGAACUACACUAUAAAUAUUUCAAUAGUUUAGUAGAAAUUAUUGUAUGGUUCAAAAUACGAAUUAGCUGAAAUAACUAACAUAUAUGCAGCCAUUUCUUUUCCAGUAAUUAUACAACAAAGGUGCAGAACCGAUUCUUUGGUUGUUUUAUUGCAGAGUGGAAGCAAACAACUUUUCCGUUGUAAACAGCUUAGCUGUAAGUGGCUUUUAGACGGUGAAUUACUCAGGAGCCACUUUAUCAGAUGCUGUAGAUCAUUCUUCUCGUGCUCCUGAAGCCAAGCGCAUUCCCUAAAUCAGAAAGAUGAAGGGCCUUUCUAAUCUGUGGCUUCAGGUCACCUUAUAGAAAACAGUGCCACAUCUUUUACCUACAACCCACACUACGUCAUAAGUUAGGCUCAACUUACUAACUCAUGUUCCAAAGAGGCCUCACUGUUUCUGGUGGGGGGCAAACACUGCCGGGGAGGGGGGGGGCUCUGCUCUGGGUUCCUAUUAGCACAUUUCCCCCCCCCCCUUUCUAUUUUCCAUAGACUACACAAAAUUUCCUCCUUCAACGUAGGUAUAGUGCCAGGGGUAACAAGUCACACGAGGUGACUUUCCUGGCACCCUGAAGUAAACCGACUCCACACAGAUAGCUCUCUUUUGUUGUCUCCCAGCCUUACUUACAGUGACCCCAGAGGCCCAGGGUCACAGUGUGAAAACCAGCCAAUGAUAAUUAAGUAAACACACUUCUCUAGUUCAGUUGUUGGUGCCAGGAGUCAUUUUAUAAUAUGCAGUAUUAGUGGCAUUUUUGGACCAGAUCAAAAAUAAGAUGUGAGACAAAAACAGCCUUUAAAAUGAAUUUGAAUUUAUGACGA